AUGGAGAUGGGUCCGAUCCCUCUGUCGGGAUCAUUACUUCAGCCCCAGCAACCGGAGGACGAGGUUGAGAUAAUCGUAGUUAUAUGCUGA